UGAGAAAGGCUGAACACAAGUGGUUUCCUGUCACACACCGGGCGACGCGCUGAGGACGACAGCAGCAGGUAGCAGCACUUUCAAAAUCUGUCCUCAGAAGCAUGAAGAGGUUCCUGACCUUCGCCAUCAUCAUCAUCGAGGUCACGGUGGCCAUCGAUGGCGAGGUAUCGGCCGCCGUGCCGCCGAGCGCCCCGCCCCUGAUCCCAGACCACCCCUUCGUGGCCGUGUGGAACGCCCCCUUGGAGCGGUGCCUGCAGCUGGGCGUCCCGUUGGACACGGCGGCGUUCCAGGCGGUAACCACGACGGCCCCCGUUCCCGGGCAGUUCCUGACCAUCUUCUACGAGGACCGCCUGGGCAUCUACCCCAAGGUGGACCCCGGCAGGCGCCAGGGUGGAGGUGUCCCCCAGAACGGCAACCUGACCGCCCACCUGCUGAGGGCGCGCGGUCAGAUCGAGCGCCUGAUCCCAGAGGACGAGUCCCCCGGCCUCGCCGUCAUCGACUGGGAGUCCUGGCGGCCGCUGUGGGCCCAGAACUGGGGGUCCAAGCGGGUGUACCAGAAGCUGUCCCUCGCCGCCGCCCUGCAGACGUCCCCCUUCCUGCCCAUGAAGAAAGUCUCCCAGCUGGCCGCGGAUCAGUUCCAGCGGGCGGGUCGGCGCUUCAUGGAGCGCACCAUCGCCUUGGGCGAGGCCGAGCGUCCCAGUCGCAGCUGGGGGUUCUACUCCUUCCCCUACUGCCACAACUACGACUGGGACCAGCCCGGCUACACGGGAGUCUGCUCCGCCAGGGCCCACCAGCAGAACCAGCAGCUGAUGUGGUUGUGGGAGCGCAGCACCGCCCUCUUCCCGUCUAUCUACCUCCACCCGGCCCUCAGGGAUUCCCCCCGGGCCGCGCUCUACGCCCGCCACCGGGUGCGGGAGGCGCUCCGGGUGGCGGCGCUGCCCGAGCGCCCGUACGCGGCGCCCACCUACGUCUACUCCAGGCCGCUGUAUCGAGGCCAGACCGCCACCUUCGAGAGCCAGGUGGACCUGGUGAACACGGUGGGCGAGUCCGCCGCUCUGGGGGCCGCCGGGGUGGUCAUGUGGGGCGGGACCAGAGACUACGAUAGCAAGUCGUCCUGUCAGUCGUUGUCCGACUACCUGACGUCCACGCUCAACCCGUACCUCGCCAACGUGACGGCGGCCGCCAUGCUGUGCGGCCGGGCCCUGUGCCAGGGGCGGGGCCGCUGCGUCAGGAAGAGCUUCGACUCCUCCCACUACCUGCACCUGGACUCCGCCCACUUCCGCAUCCUGCGCUCCGGCCAGAAGUACGUGGCGGUGGGCCUCCCCUCCGCCCGCGACCUCGACGGCUGGGCCCGGAACUUCACCUGUCAGUGCUUCGUCGGACACCCGUGCUCGCCGCGCCUGGCGCCGCCCCGAGACAUCCAGAUCAUCCAGGUGUGAGCGGCUCCGCCCCCCGCCUGCUGGGAGGAGGAAUGACAUCAUCAACGUCAAGUCGCUUUCGUACCACGUCUCUGCUGCUUAGUAAAAAUUCUCAUAAUCGUCGUUCGGAUUUGUGUUUGAACAUUAAAACAAGCUUAAGAUGCCUUUCAAAGUCAA